AUGGCACCUACUACUGCAGAGCAAAGAUUCAAGGAGCACGAGAAGGCGAUCAGAUCUGUUCCCGGUGGAGCCCGAAAUCAGAAACGAGCGAACGAACGCACCGUGCAAGCCCAGUGGAGAGCGAGAACCCAAGGCCAACGCGAUACGAUCGCCGCUCUAUGUGCAGCUGCCCUCAAUGCCGAAGCGGAGUUUCAGCGCCUUGGUCCAGACACAGCUGCAGCGGACGCAGAUGCUGCGACACUCAUCGCUCGUGUCGAUGGUCUGCGAGCCAUAGGUCAUGAGCUGCGAAAGCGAAUAGGCGGCCCGGAGUCCAACUGGCUUCGCACUCUCGGCCGAGCUGCUGAACUUCUUGAAGAUUUUGAAGAUGCCCAGGUUGCAGCGGGAAAUGCAUGGCAAGCUCUGAGUCUGGAGCAUGGCAGGCAACAAGCAAGUGACAUUACCUCAGUCAAUGACGCUAGAGCAAAGAGGGACUUGGCAAGGAAUGGCAUUGCUGGUACACGGGCACGUAUCAACCAAUUGCAUGGAGACAUGGACCAACCACGUGUACCGGCGAAUCUUGCCACAGGUGUUCAGAAGAUCUGCCCAGGAUGGCUUCCGCCCGAGCGUUUGACCAACUGGCGGUCGAAUGCUUUCGCAGGAGCACAAGCCAUCAAUGCUGCUGCUACACCCCCCGUCGGUGGGCUUCUAGGUCCAGGAACCUGGAGGUAUAAACGGGCCGUGGGCGCGGGUGGUCAAGGAAGCGCUGGACUAUGGCUUCUGUUUGACGCAAACGACAUGCUGGUACAUCGAGUAGUCAGAAAGACGAUCGACUACAUGAGACACUGGUACGAUGUUCGCAACUGGGCAGGGGAUCCGAAAGACAUCAACACCCGAUUGCCAUUGGAGCUCGCGGCUCAUUCAGAGAUGCGUCGCACGCGAUUCGCCCUAAACAACAAUAUGGCAAGAAUAACAAAUCAGCACGUCGUCGCCUUGGGCGCGGCACCCGAUCAGACGAUGGUCGACGAAGCAAGGGAAAUGUACCAACUCUACACCGAGUGGUGUCCUCACGGCGAUCUUAUCUCGAUUAUAGACCACUAUAAAGGCACAGUUCCGCGCCAGAUAGUGCCAGAGCCCUUCAUCUGGGCAGUAGCGGAGUCACUCAUCUACGUAGGCACAGCGAUGCAGACUGGAGCAGAGACCGGAAACCCUUUGCAACGCUGGAAUCCAAUUGUACACAGAGACCUGAAGCCGGGCAACAUCUUUCUCGCCAACGAAGAUCCCACUGGGACCUGGCCACUGUAUCCCCGACCCCUUGUGGGUGAUUGGGGCUUAGCAGUGCAACCGACUACUCCAGCCAGCAGCAACCCUAACUUCUACCGGGGAGCUGGAACACCUGGAUGCCGUGCACCUGAGCAGAUCGAGUACGUUGACAAUAACAAUUUGACGCCCUUGAACGGUUGGCCACUUAAUGAGAAAACCAACGUAUUCGGUAUGGGUAUCAUACUCUACUGCCUGGUGACCCAACGAAGUACAUCCAAAAAGCAAGCAUGGUGGCUUGGUGAUGGAACGGGAGAUAGGACGUAUCAGCUGGAAUUACCUGGAGGAGUGCCCAAUCCCGCCCAGAACUUUGCCAAUCGGUAUAGCCCGGAACUGAGGCGACUCAUCGAUCGGUGCACGGCAUACGAUCAAGCUGCGAGGCCAGACUUCGCUACAUUGAGAGCAAUGUUCACAGCGGUGAUUACGCAGAACAAUGGUGGAGAGGAUCCGAACAUUACGAAGGGUAUGCGAGCCUCGACUGCCAAUCUGGCUACAAUCAUGAACGAAGGAGUGCAUAAACCGGCUGACGUUUAUACCCUUCGCCUUCAUCGGAAUGCGAUUGACAACUUCCCAUGA